UUGUUUUUGUUUAUGCGCAAACAACGACUAAUGAGUAAAAAAAAAAAAUAAUACGAUUCGCUUUCAAUUCGUCCGGUGGCCGACAAUAAUAUUAUUAUUAUUUUCGUUUGUCUCGCACGUAUUUUUCACGACCAUUUUCUCGACGACUCGUCGUACGGAAGUAAUGAAGUUGUGUUUGUAGUCCUGACCAUGGCCAAUCUUGAUGGAGAUCUGUCGCGUAUGUCCAUAGGUGAUGAUUCGAGUAAUAAAUUUGGAAGGAAGGACAAGUUCCCAAGAGAAGUAGAAAUCUAUAGGCCUGGAAGUGGACCAUUAAAACGAAGUGGUAAUUCUCGCCAAGAUGUUGAUGAUGAUGACAAACGGUCUGGAUUUGAUCGUGACGUUGAAUCAUCUAAAAAGAGUGAUUUUAUACCGAAUAAACAUUUUGAAAAUCCAAGUAGAAAAAAAGAAAAUUUUCCAAGGGGUCAAAAGAUGAAUGGCGUUGCAGCUGAUAAUUACAGUACUUUCAAUUUAAAAAGGAAACAGCUAAAGAAAACACAACUAUUCUAUGAGCCGCCUAAUGAAUGGAGUAGUAAUAAAAGACCAGAUCGACCUCGAGUAAACUUUGUAAAUCCCAACGAUUCCAAAGGUGAUGAUGAUAAUAAUUGGAGAGCACAUAAAGCACCUAAUGUAGUGAUUGUUCCUAAAGUGGUUAAAAAAAUUGAUGAAAAACCAGCUAUUUCAGAAAAAAUCAUAACUCCAAGUGAUAUUUUACCUACCAUGAUUAUAAAUACACGUGUUAAUACAGUACAAAAAAACCCAGAUAAAACACAUGGUUUUGGUAAUAAGAAACGAGAAGAAAAGAAAGUGCCUUGUAAACCAAUAAGUAGUGCUGUUUUAAUGAACUAUGAAAAAUUACCUCCUAGAUUGCGAAGAAAAUUUUGUGAUGGUUAUCAUAUCUCUAUGGAGGAAGUAGAAGCAUUGUUAACAAAUGAAUUACUGUCUCAAGAUGAGCAUAAUAAACAAAACAGUUCAUAUCAAUCUAGAAGUCAAACAUUACCUCCAAGAAGUAUCGGCAAGGGUCGAUUUAAUGAACCACAAAGACAUGAACAGGGAUUUUAUAGGAAUAAUUCUAAUCAACUGCCACCAAAGACUGAAACGAGGAGACAGCAAUCUGCAGUUGUUAAUACUGUUAAUAGUUCAACUGAAUCAAGUAGACGAGGUGCUGAUAUAUCUACUAAAGUUUAUAAUAGUCAUCAUGAACCUAAAACUGUAGAUCAUAAUACUAGGGUUGAUACUGAAAACAAUCAUUCUGUUAGUAUAAAGCAGCCUAUAGAAAGCGCAGUUUUACUCCCUAGUGGAACAAUCAAUUGGGCUGAAGAAGUAGAACGAGCAGAAAACAUGUCCAAAGUUGCAGAAGAUUCAAAAAAGGAAGUUGAGAGAUUAGAAACUGUUGAAAAAACAUUAAGUUCUCCUAGAGACAGAAAACAGAGAAAGAGUGUCAGUAAGGAUAGAAAUUGUAUAAAUACAUUACCUCUACGAGACCAACCAUCUAGCAGUACUCGCUCUAAUUGGCAUUCUCAAAGUAAUGAUAAUUCUGAAAGCUUAAAUAGUAAUGGUGGAAGCUGGAGAAAAGAAAAACCUAAAUCUAAUAGAAAUUGUAGUAAUGACCGAUCGAGGACUUGUUCACGAAAUCGUAAAAACAGAAAUAACAGUGAAAAAUCUACACCACAUAAAUCUGAAAAUGUUGGUGGUAUUAUAAAACUACCACCUAAUGUGAAUGUCAAUUCCACUGAUAGCAAGUCACUUAGUCUUUGUGGUUAUUUAAAACAGAUCGUUUCGACCACAACCACACAAUCUUCAUAUCCGGCAAAACAAUUAUUUAAUCCUAAUAACCCGAAUAGACCUAUAGUGAUAUCUCCUAAACAACAAAAUGUCAGAGCAGGUUAUCCGCCUGUUAAUAUAGAAUCACAUCAUGCUAAAGAACAUUUUCCAAUGAAUACUAAUAAUACAAAUGCUCAACAAUACUCAGGUGCACAUUAUGGUAGUGCACCGCCCGCUUGGUAUGAUCCAUACACAGAAAGUUACCGUGCCUCAAUCUAUCCAGUUUUGUUAUUGGAUAUAAAAAAAGCGGAUUCUAUUAUAGGAAAUUUAGUUUUUGAACCAAAUAUGCUUCAAAAUUGGCCAAUAAUCAAUUCAUGCAGGGAGUUUUUAAAAGAUUCAUUAAAAGAGCUUUUAAAAUCAGACAUGAAAUUUUGUCAAAGAGAAAAUAUUGAAACACACUUUUGGAAAAUACUUUACCACAAUAUUAUUGAACAUCUAAAAAAACUUAUUAGUGAAGACUCACCAGAAUUAGUAAAAGACUAUACCACAUUGCUAAUGAAUUUAAUAGAAGAAGGUAUGAAGUAUAUGAAUGACCUUUUAAAACUAUUGGAAAAACAUUAUAAUUUCAAUUUGGAUGAUUAUGUAUCUUUGACAUGCCUGUCUACAAAAAAACUUGGAAAUAUUGGUCUUGCUUUAAUAUCAUCGCAAAAAUUAUACAUAUCGUUAGGAGACUUGGCAAGGUAUAAAGAUAUCAUGAAUCAUAGCACUAAUUAUGUUAUUGCCAAACAAUGGUAUACCAAAGCCAACCAAAUAAACCCAAAAAAUGGUCGGCCCUACAAUCAGUUAGCGCUACUAGCUGUGUAUGAAAAACGAAAACUUGAUGCAGUAUAUUUUUAUAUGAGAAGUUUGAUGGCUUCAAAUCCUUUUCAGUCAGCAAAAGAUAGCUUAUUAUCUUUGUUCGAAGAAUAUAGAAGAAAGUAUGAAAUGACUGAUAGAAAACGUCUAGAAGACAGAGAAAGACGUGAACGUGAAAAAGCUAAAGAAAAAGAGAGUUCAAUGUCGUCCAAAGAAAAAUACAGUAAAAGAAGGAAAGAAAUAUGGAUACACCCAGAUGGCAGUAAACGGUCUCAUAGAACAACAUCAUCCACUGAACCAAAUCAAGAUAUUGAUGAGGAAGAACUAUCAAAACUGUCUCAGUCUGAAGUUAAUAAAAGGUUCAUUGUAAGUUUUCUACAUGUUCAUGGGAAGCUGUUUACUAAAGUUGGUAUGGAGAGUUUUCAAGAUACUGCAUUACAAAUGUUAAGGGAAUUUCGUAAAUUAUUGUCAAAUACACCAAUACCAAUCAUACCGACAAGGUUUUUGCAGUAUUUGGCUUUGAACAUGUUUUCAAUUGAAUACAGUCGUCCAAAAGAAACACACGUAGAACAAGGAUAUUGGUCCACAGUUCACGAGUGUGCAUUGGCAAUGUCAUUGCAAAUGUUUAGUUUGAUUGUUGACCGAUGCAAUCAACUUUUGAAAGAUAUCUUAAAUAAAGAUGAUGGGUCUACAGCUAAACAGUUGAUUGGUGGUGACAUAGACUUUCUGUUACCGCCCAUUAAAGUAUGGUGUGAUUGGCUUCUAUGCAAUUCUAAAGUAUGGAAUCCACCUCCAUCAUGUUCGGAUUAUAAACUCUCUGGGACUGGAGAUUGUUGGUGUCGAUUAGCUUCAUUGGUAAACAAUUUGGAAAAAUUCCAAGAGCAUUAUAAAUUAGUUUUGAAUGAGCCUGAUGAAAGUGAUGAAAGUCUAAGACAACAACUUAAACUGCCUGAAGAUUCUAUGUUUAGUGGUUUUACACCAAUAAUUGGUUAUGAGCUAAAACCUACAUUUAUUUCGACUACUUCAGAUAGAGUCCUGUCUGAGCUCACCCAUAGAGUGAAUUGUAUAUUGUUCUUUGGAACAGAAUUUUUGUGUGGGACUGAGCCACCUGUAUUUAAAUUACAUAAAACCGAUACUGGAGCAAGUGAAUAUAUUUCUGUUGUUGAAACAGCUAGCCCCAAAGAUGAUAGUGAAGAUGAGGAAAUGUGUUUUGAAAGUUGGAUUAAUGAGGAAAAUGAUUUGAAAUCAAGACCAUCUGAAGACAAAUCCGUAUCCGAGUUACAGGCUAAACCAAUCUCAAAUGAAAUACAGAAGCUUCUAAGUAGAAAAGAAGAAUUGGAACAGAAACAACGGAACGAAGAACUGAGACAAAAACGUGUACAAGAAAUAUUGAAACAAGCAUCGUAUUGCAUUGAAAUUGAAAUCAAGCCACAUUAUGUGGUUCCAGACACCAACUGUUUUAUUGAUUAUUUGCCACAACUAGAGAAAUUAAUAUAUUCUUUAUCGCAUGCACAAGAACACACAUGUACUCUAAUGAUUCCCACAGUUGUACUAAUUGAAUUGGAAGGAUUGGCCAAAGGUGGAUGGGUCAGAGAUACAGUGUGUGAUGCUGCUAAACAGGCGUUAAAAAUAUUAAAAAACAUUGAUUCGGCUGCAGUGAAAUUUGUGACAACCAAAGGGUCAAGUUUUAAAUCGACAACAUGUUUUGAAGAAGAAAACAAUUUUGUGGGAAAUAAUGAUGAUAAAAUACUGGCAACUUGUUUAAGUCUGUGUAAAAACAAUUCUCAACUACCUAUAGAUAAUCCACCAGUAGAAGGAGAACCUAAAAAAAUAUUUAGGGAUGUUGUGUUGCUGACAGAGGAUCGAAAUUUAAGAGUUAAAGCUCUCUCGUCAGACAUGCCUGUAAGGGCAGUAAUGGAUUUCAUUAACUGGUUGAACUUCAUUAGUAGUUGAUCCGUUCAGUUGCAGUGGUAGGAAUGCUAUAUUGUUCCUAAUUACAAAGACUUUUGUAGUGACAUUUUUAAAUACCACUGUUUAUGGUACCUACUUAACUCUCGUGUCCUUCUAUUUUGGCACCAUUUCAAAUGUUAACCAUUUAUAAAUACAUAAAACAAUACACAGUCUGACCAACGUUUUUAAUUUUUAAUUUUUCGACUUAGCGGUGAUCUAUAAUCAUCUUAUAUAUUUUAUAUUCAAUACAUAUAUCACUGUAAAUUGUCGUGUACAUAAGAUAAUAUACAGACUAUAGAUGAUUCAAAAGGAGGAGGAGGAAGAAGAGGAUCUUGGAAAAGAAGAAGAUUAUUGAAUAUCCAAAACACACUCUAUGCUCGCGAGAUCGUCAAGAGGAUAAAGAAUAUAUAAAAAAAAAUUGGCCAGCACACCCCGAAACGCUGCUGCAGAUCAACCGUUUAUUUUGACAUUGAGUAUUACAUUCUUUUAAUAAACUAUAGAAGAUGUGUGCAAGUCGUUCGAUUUCGUGAUCGUCGGCGUCAUCAUUAAAUACAUUGUUUUCCUUUCUGUUUCUAUUAACUAUUUUAUUUUUUUUUUUUUUAUUUUUUCCUUAUUAUUAUUUUUUUUAUAACUAUUAUAGGUAUGUGUAUACUGUAUAGAUGUACUAAUACAUUUGUAACUGCAUUUACUGGUAGACUUAUUUUGCACCCAGCGAGACCGUCGCUCAACUCUCGCGCGACCUAUCGUCACAAUAUACGUGUGUGUGUACUUAGUCUUACCGAAAUCCCGAUGUCGACAGGAGUUGAAAGAUUUUUCCACCGACCGAACCACAAUUUAUUAUCGGACGAUUCCCUUGCCUGCCGCUCGUAAAUCUCGUCAUCUGUCCGUACCGUAUCUACGACAAUUUUUUUUUAAAACACCAAUCACGGUUGUUAUUUUGGUCCCAGCUCGAUCGUCAUACAACCGUGUACAUAUUAUACUAAUCGAUGUAUAUAUCUAUCUAUAUAUUUUUAUCUGCGUAAUAAUAAUCAAGCGCGUGUGUGUACACAUUACACACGGAUCAUAUUCCCACCGAAACGAUAAAAAUCGUCGGGUUAUUAUGACGUGAACUAAAUGUCUGCAGAACGCGACGAUACUGUAUUCUGAUUCAUGAGAUGUUAGUCAUACAUCACCGCCAAACUUCACUCCCCCUCCCCAUAACCAGCACGUGGUACACGAUUCGCUUAUAACACACGCACGUCGUCAUCAUGUAUUUUAUGCGAAUAGAAGAAAGGAAAAUCAUGUUUAUAUAUUACAUUUUUUAGGCGUCUGAUGAUGGUUUUAGUUAUUACAUUUUUUUUUGUUCUUACUUUUCUUCCGUCUCCUCAUCGUAUAUAAUAUUAUAAAUUAUAAUUAAGUAUGAUAAUAAUAUUACGUGUAUCGUAUAAUGUGUGCCCCAUUUGAAAUGUACAAUUUUAAACAUAAUAUAUAUUGUAUUUUUAUUUUUUUUAGUUUUAUUUAGUCGUUAAUUUAUCAUUAAUUGCCUAAUAUUGUUUUCCUAUAGGAAAUAUUAAUCUAGUGAUACAUAGAUAUAGUUGUAAAGAAUAAAACAUAAUACAUUUAAAAAAGAACUGAAUAUUGUAAUAAUAACAAUUCAUGUAACGUUACAUCUUAUAAUUUAUACGACGAUGAGCCCGCCAGCUGGUUAAAACCACACCACACCACAGUAACCAUAAUUCUAACAAGGUGAUUCUGAUUAGUGAUAACUGAUAAUAUAAAAUUAUUAUAUAAAAUAUCAAACAAAAGCAAUAAUAUAUGUUUGUUUUGAACUUUAUAUUAUAAUUAUUAUGUCUACUUAUGAGUUAUGAAUUUAAUUUUUAUAUUAAGUUGUAUGUAAUUAAUAGGAAAAAACUCUUAAAUUCUACGUAGUAUGUAUAUUAUAAUAUAAUAUAUCAUGUAUAUUUAUAAAUA